AUGAAUUUUGGAAAAGGAAAGAUUUCUCAUAAAAAGCUCCAAUAUCUUGCCAUCUAUAAAAGACUAGUGCCAAUGCAAGUGGAAAGCCAGUGUGAAAAGGAUGAAGUCAUAUGUGUGGAGAAUAACAUUGCUAAAUGUGUUUAUGGUAGAAUGUCAGAACAUCAUGUUCAACAAAUGACCUCUGAAGUAGAGAUAUGUCUCAACCACUUUCUUGGACAUCAAGCACUCAGUUCUCCCACACAAAUUGUUUUAUCCCUCUAUUGUUCAAACUCGGUCGCUCCUAUCCAUCACUCUCAAGAUAAACUAAAGAUUAGUCAAAGAACAAAUGAAGCUAAUGUAUUUGGACCCAAGCCAAUCCCAAAUAUUCACGGGAUCAAGAUUAAUGGUGUUGAAAAAAAUGAUAAAUUCUCUCCAAAGGAGACUAGGGUUUCCACUUCUAGCAGCAAACAUGUUGAUCAACAUGUUAUAACCAAUGUUGUUCCCCUCCAAAUGAUUGUUCAUGUUGAAAUCACUGAGGAAAAUAAGAAGAGUGCAUUACACCAAAAGCAGAAGAAAUAUUAA